AUGCAGAACUCUUCUCUUGUUUGUCCUCAGCAGAAUCGUUUCAGUCAUGCAUUACGUCAAGCUAUGCGAACAAGAAUACCCUUUGGUCGUCAAGAGUUUGCGGUUGAGGUUGAUGCUCCGAGGCUCAGGUAUAUCAACAUCAGAGGUGAUCAAUCUUAUAGAUUUGUGGCAAAGAAUCUAAGUUCUUUGUUCAUGGUCGACAUUGAUACCAACUUUUAUGUUGUUCCUGGCACUAGUUUGCUAAUCAAGAAAGGUAUUAUCCUGAAUUUUCUCAGCGGUAUUUCUAAUGUAAGACAUAUGAUCAUCUCUCAGCCUACUCUACAGGCCCUCUCUCCUUACUUAGAACAAGGACCGAUUUUCAAAUUUCGGAACUUAUCUCGUUUGGAGGCUUCGUUCUGCACAGUCUUAUUACAAGUGCUGCCAAAUUUUCUUUACAGUUUCCCGAAUUUGAAACACCUCACAUUGUACCUUGUUUAUUUGGAGGACUUACAGCCACAUGAUCUUGAACUUAUCAUUGUGCCUUGGUGCUUACUGUUUAAUCUCGAGUUUUUUGAGAUUAAAGAAGUGAUCACGGUAAAGAAAGUCGGGACGAAAAGAGGGAGGAACGGCCAGAGAAAUGUAUUGAAACACAAGAAGAUGAUUUGGAUUGAAACAGUGAGGUACAUUCUUGAGAAUUCAUUAGUACUCAAGAAACUCAUUUUGUGUUUCUCUCCUAUAACCAACAAAGCCUUAGAUAUCUCAAACGAGCUUCUUACAUUCAAGAAACGUUCUGAAAGAUGUGAAAUCUUCAUUCGUUUGACAUCUCGUUGA